AUGAUUCAACCAACGACUCGUUUCCUUUGGUCCUUACUGUUGUGUGGCCUACUGAGCGCACCAUGCAUUGCUCUGUCGGGCGACUGGCAGUCUGAAAUGGUCAGAUUGCACAACGAGGCUCGGGACAAAAUUCUCAGUUGCUCUGUGCCCGGGCAACCACCAGCCAAAUCGAUGCCACACCUGGUAUGGCAUGAUGGGUUGGCACAGAAGGCCCAACAACUAGCGGACCAGUGUAGAGUUGGUCACGACACAGCCGAGGAACGCAAGGUACCCGAUUUUGACUACGUCGGACAAAACUGGGCUGGAGCCCAAGAUAUUGAGACUGGAAACUUCGUCGGAGCGAAACCAUAUGAAGAGGGAUCCAGCGCUGAUUGCAAACCGGCAGGAGGGACGGAUUCUUCGAAACCGCCAGGUGAAAGCGAUCAGGGAGAAGAACUGCCAACCGAAGGCGGCCAAGGAGCAGAACUACCUGGUGAAAGCGACCAAGGAGGGGCUCCACCUGAUGAUCAAAAUGAAGUUCCGCCUCCUCAAGAUACGGAACCUCCCAUUGAGACUCUCCCACCUCAAGGUUCACGGCCACCCCAUGGGUCACGGCCACCCCAAGGUUCACGACCACCCCAUGGUUCACGACCACCCUAUGGCUCACGACCACCGCAGGGUUCACGACCACCCUUUGGUUGGGGGCCACCACAAGGUGGACAGCUAACUUACAAAACGAGGCCACCACGGCCCUUGAUACCAUCUCGUAAACAACGACCUUCACCGGGAAAUAAUCAAUAUUGGCAAAAUAGACGGCCUCCAAUGGGGUUCGGAAGGAGUGGCGUUAAUGAGGUCGUUGCGUAAACCUAUCACCAUUUUGUGAAGUAAGUUGUUCUGCUU